GGAUUGCUCUGCACGCUGUUACUGACAGUGACACGGUAAACCAAUGGCGGAACAAUUACAAGAGAAGUUACAGGCCGAGAUUGCCAAAUACCAGCAGCUCCAGAAAGAGAUCAGCACUACUAUGUCAGCUAGGCAAAAGCUUGAGGCUCAGUUGACUGAAAACAACAUUGUGAAAAAGGAGCUGGCUUUCCUGGAUGACAGUAACACUGUAUAUAAACUAAUUGGUCCAGUGCUGGUGAAGCAGGAUCUGGAAGAGGCAAAGUCUACGGUGGAUAAAAGGCUUCAGUACAUUAAUGGAGAAAUAAAAAGAUAUGAGACCACCCUUAAGGAUAUGGAGCAGCGUUCAGAGCAGCAUAGAGUGUCCCUUACCAAGCUUCAACAAGAUUAUCAGAGAGCACAAGGAAAGGGUACAGUGAAGGCCUGAAAACAUUGUAUAACCCUAAUCAUGGUUUCCGUCUUUCAUCAAUGCUCCAGGACUGUGUACCACAAACUUUAUCAACCAUUUAACUUCCUGGAAUAGGUCAUGCCUUAUAUGCACACCAGUGCCCUGAUUGGACAAAAAAAGGCUUCACUGUGGAAAUGCUUUGUUUUGAAUUGUGUGUGUUAAUAAAAAUGCUUUGACUUGGAUAACUGAGUUGGCUUAUCACACCUUUCCUGAGAGGUCAGUGGUUAUAACAGACUCUUAGGGUAAGGACACACAGGCAGAUUCGGGGAGAUUACUCGCCCCAGAGACAAAUCGCCUCUUCUUCGGGGCGACAAUCUCCCAGAACUGCCUUCCCCUACCUUCCCGGCUAUAAUGAAAAAUCGCCAGCGGGAUGGCACUUGCGGCACUUCGUUUUCCGAAGUCGCCCGAAGUUUCAUGUUUUAUCAGAGUAGCCUGGGGGAGAUUCGGGGAGAUUAGGUGCCUGGCAACAAAUCUCCUCUUCUUCGGGGCAACUAAUCUCCCCGAUCUGCCUUCCACCCGCUAAAAUGAAAAUCGACCGGGGGCAGGCAAUCGGAGAGCUUCGUUUUCCAAAGUCGCCCUGAGGAAACUUCGGGGCGACUUUGGAAAACGAAGCUCUCCGAUUGCCUGCCCCCGGUCAAUUUUCAUUUUAGUGGGUGGAAGGCAGAUCGGGGAGAUUAGUUGCCCCGAAGAAGAGGAGAUUUGUUGCCUGGCACCUAAUCUCCUCCAAUCUCCCCCAGGCUACUCUGAUAAAACAUAUGUAAGCAGUGACACAGUGGGGGUCAUUUAUCAACUCUGGGCAAAUUUGCCCAUGGGCAGUAACCCAUGACAACCAAUCAAAUUGCUGCAUUUAUUCUUCUUCUUGCAGCUGGCUUUAAAAAGCUAUUCACUGAUUGGUUGCUAUGGGUAACUGUCCAUGGCCAAAUUCCCAGUCUUGAUAAAUGAGCCCCACUGUAUCUUAAAAGGGUUCUUCCAUCCUCCACCCCAGUUUUGUUUUCUUAUUUGUAUAAUAAAAUAAUGGAAUUCUAAGCAGCAUUGCAAUGUACAUUAAUGUAAAAAAUCCAACGAUUCAAUGGUUAUCUGUAAAUAUCAUUGUUGUAAGCAGCAGCAAGUAUGUAUUUGGCUUCUACCAUUCUUCUGAACACCUUUGAAGAAUUGUAAUUAAUGUAUAUUUCAAAGUUUCUUAAAAUACAUCUUCUUUCAUU